AAAUUUCGAUUGUUAAGGUUAAUUUUCUUCACAAAUCUUCUAGCAGAACUCGUUCUAAUUUAUUACGUUCUGUCACAGAAUGUCCUGUCUUACAUGACAGCAAAAUAUCGCGAGAAUGGGAGAGAUAAAGUCGAAUGACUUUCACGUUUUAAAAAGCGGCGAGAAGAUUCAAAAAGUAGCAAAACACAUCGAGGAUAAAUGGAAACUAGUGCCUGCCUUUCUCAAGGGAAAAGGGCUCGUUAAACAGCACAUCGAUUCCUUUAAUUAUUUCAUAAACGUUGAAAUAAAAAAGAUUGUCAAGGCAAACGAGAAGGUUCUAAGCGAUGCUGAUUCCCUGUUCUACGUCAAAUAUCUCAACGUGUAUGUCGGCACACCUGAUGUCGAAGAAAGUUUCAACGUCACACGGACGACAACGCCUCACGAAUGCCGGCUGAGAGACUUAAAUUACUCUGCUCCCAUAUCGGUUGAUAUCGAAUAUACCAGAGGCAACCGAAGGAUUAUUAGAAACAACUUACUUAUUGGGAGAAUGCCGAUAAUGUUGAGAAGUUCAAAUUGUGUUUUGAAUAAUAAAUCACACUUUGAGCUGGCAAAAAUGAACGAAUGUCCCCACGAUCCUGGUGGUUAUUUUAUAAUAAACGGGCAAGAAAAAGUCAUCCUUAUCCAAGAGCAGAAGUUGAGAAACCGAAUCAUGUUGGAAGAGGACAGCAAAGGAUGUAUCGUCAGUUCCUGCAACAGUUCAACCCACGAAAGAAAAACCAAAACUAAUAUUGUCGGCAAAGGUGACAAAUACUAUAUGCGACACAAUAUCUUCCAAGAUGAUAUCCCUAUUGUAACAAUAUUCAAGGCAAUGGGGAUUGUGUCCGAUCAAGAAAUAAUGCAGCUAAUUGGUACCGAAGAAGAAUUCAUGAGAAGAUUCUCAGCUUCUCUGGAAGAGUGCCAUAUUUUGAAUGUUUUCACUCAAGAACAAGCACUAAGAUAUCUGAGUAAUAAGAGAAAACAGAAACGAUUCCCUGUGAGCAAAUUAAGCGUACUCGAUGAGCUGAAAGAUAUUCUGGCUAUAAAUGUGCUCUCGCAUGUCCCCGUAGUCGAUUUCAACUUCAAAGUUAAAGCGACUUACGUUGCUUUGAUGAUACGCAAAGUCAUGCAAGGUCAGAUGGAUAAGACACUAGUUGACGAUAGAGAUUAUUACGGUAACAAGAGACUGGAAUUGGCCGGUUCUCUUCUUUCCCUCAUGUUUGAAGAUCUGUUCAAGAGAUUUAAUUGGGAGCUGAAACAAAUUGCUGAUAAAAAUAUUCCGAAAAUAAAGGCUGCGCAGUUCGACAUCGUAAAACAUAUGAGGCAAGAUCAGAUCACAAAUGGACUAGCGUUCGCUAUAUCGUCGGGCAACUGGACCAUAAAGCGUUUCAAGAUGGAACGUCAAGGUGUUACACAGGUCCUUUCGAGGCUAUCUUAUAUAUCAGCAUUGGGUAUGAUGACACGUGUAAAUUCACAGUUUGAAAAAACGAGAAAAGUCUCCGGUCCCCGGUCUCUACAGCCCUCUCAAUGGGGAAUGAUGUGUCCGAGUGACACCCCGGAAGGAGAGGGUUGUGGUUUAGUCAAAAAUCUCGCAUUAAUGACUCACAUCACAACAGAAGUCGAAGAAGAGUCGAUCAUUAGACUGGCCUACAACCUCGGAGUGGAGAAUGUAAAUAUAUUAGGCGGCGAGGAAAUAAAUAACAAAAAUGUUUAUAUGGUUUUUUUGAACGGCAACAUAUUAGGUAUAGUAAAGAAUUAUGUGAGACUCGUCAACAUCUUCAGGUUGUUACGCAGAAAAGGAUUGAUCAACGGCUUCAUUUCCAUAUAUCCUCAACAUCUCCAUAGGUGCGUACAGAUCUGUUCAGACGGUGGACGACUCUGCAGACCGUACAUCAUAGUGAAAAAUGGAGAAUCUCUCGUUCAACCUAAACACAUCGAAGCAUUAAAACACGGCUUCAAAACCUUUGAUGAUUUUCUGCACGAAGGUUUAAUAGAAUUCUUGGAUGUCAACGAGGAGAACGAUAGCUCAAUCGCCUUUAACGAGAAUCGUAUAGACAUGGGAACGACUCAUUUGGAAAUAGAGCCAUUCACAUUGCUGGGUGUUUGCGCAGGGCUUGUGCCCUACCCUCAUCACAACCAGAGCCCUAGGAAUACGUAUCAAUGUGCUAUGGGUAAACAAGCAAUGGGAACGAUAGGCUACAACCAACGUAAUCGCAUAGAUACUUUGAUGUAUAAUCUGGUCUAUCCGCAAGCUCCGAUGGUGAAAUCGAGGACCAUAGAAUUGAUUAACUUCGAUAAACUGCCUGCUGGUCAAAACGCUACGGUUGCUGUGAUGUCAUACAGUGGUUACGAUAUAGAGGAUGCUUUAAUUUUGAAUAAGGCUUCCAUAGAUCGAGGAUACGGGCGGUGUUUGGUCUACAGAAAUGCAAAGUGCACGUUGAAACGAUAUGCCAACCAAACUUACGACCGAAUCAUGGGUCCUAUGAUAGAUACGAACACCAAGAAACCGAUUUGGAAACACGAUAUCAUCGACAACGACGGUAUAGCAGCUCCUGGGGAAAUGGUGGAAAAUAGAAAAGUUAUGGUAAACAAAUCUAUGCCAGCGGCGACGAACAACCCUGUGAAUCCUGGCAACGUUCCGACACAACCGGAAUAUUGCGAUGUGCCAGUUCUCUUCAAAGGACCAGUUCCAGCUUACAUAGAAAAAGUAAUGGUAUCGAGUAAUGCGGACGAUGCGUUUUUGAUAAAGUUGCUGCUGAGGCAAACCAGAAGGCCUGAAAUCGGUGACAAGUUCAGCAGUCGUCAUGGCCAAAAAGGAGUAACGGGUCUGAUCGUCGAACAGGAGGACAUGCCAUUCAACGACUAUGGUAUCUGUCCGGACAUGAUUAUGAACCCUCACGGAUUUCCUUCAAGAAUGACAGUUGGAAAACUCAUAGAAUUACUCGCUGGAAAGGCUGGUGUUGUCGAAGGGAAGUUUCAUUACGGAACAGCAUUUGGCGGCUCGAAGGUUGAAGAUGUUUGUGAAGAAUUGGUAAAACACGGAUAUAAUUACAUGGGCAAAGACUUCUUCUAUUCUGGUAUUACCGGCGAACCACUCCAAGCAUACAUCUACUCUGGUCCGGUCUAUUAUCAGAAACUCAAGCAUAUGGUACAAGACAAGAUGCAUGCUCGUGCCAGAGGACCAAGGGCGGUUCUAACCCGUCAACCGACGGAAGGACGAGCCAAAGAAGGAGGUUUGCGAUUGGGUGAGAUGGAGAGGGAUUGCCUGAUCGGUUACGGAGCCAGCAUGAUGUUGAUAGAGCGAUUGAUGAUAUCGAGUGAUAUAUUCGACGUCGAUGUCUGCAAUACCUGUGGACUGCUGGCUUACAGAGGCUGGUGCCACAGCUGCCAGACGAGUGCUUCAAUUUCUACUAUAUCCAUACCUUACUCAUGUAAACUUUUAUUCCAAGAGCUACAGUCUAUGAAUAUUGUGCCGAGAUUAACGUUGAAGAACAGUGGUGACUGAAUUACACUGUGUGAAGACAAAACAUCGAACUUUUGUAUCGCCUGUAUCUGUUUUUGUUGUAAUAAAUUGAAACUAAUUUGGUUUUUAGCAAAUUAAA